AUGGACAUGAUGGGCGACAAAGAGCGGCGACGCGUCAGCUGCAAAGGCUUGCUGAAGAAAAAUUGGCUGCUGAUCACCACGGUGGUGUCAGUGCUUCUCGGGAUCAGCCUGGGUGUCGCAGUCCGAGAGUACGCCUCCCUUUCCCACCUGCACAAGCAGUAUUUCGGCUUCCCGGGAGAAAUUUUGAUGCGAAUGCUAAAGCUGGUCAUCCUCCCGUUGAUCAUUUCCAGCAUGAUAACAGGUGUGGCCGCCCUGGAUUCGGAGGUGUCGGGAAAGAUCGGACUGAGAGCCGUCAUCUAUUACUUCUCCACGACUAUUAUCGCAGUCAUUCUGGGUAUCAUUCUGGUGAUGACUAUAAAGCCCGGAGUCUCUCAAACGGCGCAGCACAUCGACCGCGCCGGAACCACGCCCAACGUCACCACCAUUGACACGUUGCUGGACCUUAUCAGAAACAUGUUCCCGGAAAACUUGGUGCAAGCUUGCUUUCAACAGUACAAAACCAAACGCAAAGAGUUGGAACCGCCGCAGAAGAUUCCGCUAGCCUACACGGAUAUUCCACCUUUGGCCACCACCGUCAUGGCCGCCGUAGAGAACAUAACCAAAGACUACAAAAUCAGCGGGUCGUAUUCGGACGGAAUCAACGUUUUGGGACUGAUCGUAUUCUGCGUGGCGUUCGGACUGGUGAUCGGGAAAAUGGGGGAGAAGGGGCGCAUCCUUCUGGAGUUUUUCGACGCCCUCAAUGACGCCACCAUGAAACUGGUGCACAUAAUCAUGUGCUACAUGCCGAUCGGGAUUCUCUUCCUAAUUGCCGCCAAGAUCAUCGAGGUGGAAGACUGGGAGAUCUUCCGCAAGAUGGGUCUUUAUAUGGUGACGGUGCUUAGCGGUCUGGCCAUCCACGCCUUGGUGUGUCUUCCGCUCAUCUUCUUCGUCAUUGUGAGGAAGAACCCCUACACCUUCACGCUAGGGAUGGCGCAGGCCCUGGUGACGGCGCUCAUGAUCUCCUCCAGUUCCGCCACCCUGCCCGUCACCUUCCGCUGCGCCGAGGAAAACAACCACGUGGACAAGCGCAUAACCCGCUUUGUCCUGCCCGUCGGAGCCACCAUCAACAUGGACGGCACGGCGCUCUAUGAGGCCGUAGCCGCCAUAUUUAUCGCGCAGCUGAACGAUUACGCGCUGGAUGUGGGGCAGAUUGUGACCAUCAGUAUUACAGCAACCGUUGCGAGUAUCGGCGCUGCGGGCGUCCCGAACGCCGGCCUGGUCACCAUGGUCAUCGUCUUGACAGCCGUCGGACUCCCCGCCAGCGACGUCACGCUUAUCGUCGCUGUGGAUUGGCUGCUAGACCGUUUCCGCACCAUGAUCAACGUCCUGGGCGACGCUUACGGCGCCGGCAUCGUCCAGAAGCUGUCCAAGCGCGAACUGGAAAGGAUGGACCUGAUUUCGGACGUGGACGUGGCCAACCCCUUCGCCCUGGAGGCGGCGCUGGACGGCGGCGAGGAGUGCGACAAGAAAUCCUACGUCAACGGGGGCUUCGCCGUGGACAAGACGGACGCCAUCUCCUUUACCGAAACGUCACAGUUCUAG